AUGAAACAUCUUGGGACGUUUCCGAUAAAAAAUGGGGGUGUUCAGAGUGUAGAGGAAGCCCAGGCCCGUUUCUCCUACCUGGCAAGGAAUAAAAAGCUGUGGAGUCAACGGAUGUUCCUGGAUGUCGGAAGGGAGGCCAUUCACCUCCGGGAUGUAAACAGUCAGGACGAGCUGGAGAACUACUCUUUGAGAGAGGUCUACCGCUGUGACGCCAUCGAUUCAGAGGAACACUCGUCUUUGCUCCAGCUAGUCUGCCGGGGGGUAAAUCAGGAGGAACCGGAUGUUCUGUUCUUCAACUGUGAGACAGUGAGAGCAGAGCAGAUCCGGGAUGACAUCAGACGGGCAGUUUCGGCCUCCUCCGCCAAAAACAAGAAGCUCGUGGAUGCUCUCAGGUUUCCUCAGAGUGGAGGAGGGAUGUAUGACCCCUAUAACAUACCCAGUCCCCCCGUCCCACAUGCCCCAAACGCCCCUCCAGCCAACCCCCCACCCUACCCUGGACCCAGAGCAAACGGCAUCAACGGCGGCCCUGAUAUCUCCUUCCUGCGAGCGGAGAGAGAAGUGGGCAUCCUCAAUCACUGUUUUGAUGACAUUGAGAGCUUCAUGUCCAAGCUGCAGCAGACUGCCGAGGCCGCCACGGUGCUGAACCAGAGGAAGAAGAAGAAGAAGAAAAGUAAAAAGCAGAGUGCUGAAGAGGAUUUGCUCACUGCAAAGGCCCUCCCUCCACCAGAGGAGGAGUUUGUUGACAUCUUCCAGAAAUUCAAAUACUGCUUCUGCCUUUUGGCUCGUCUGAAAUCAACCAUUUCCAAUCCCUCCUCAGAGGAGCUUGUACAUCAUGUGUUCAAACCUCUGGACAUGAUGGUAAAGACGACGGGAGGACCGGCGCUGGGAGCCUCGGUGUCCAGCCCUGCCCUGACCGGCUCUGCUGUGACCCUGCUGCAGGACACUCUCAGCGAGGAGGAGAGGCAGCUGUGGACCUCUCAGCUCAGAGGACCUGUGGCUCCAUACACUCCCGUGUUCUUGGACGGCUGGAAGCCGGAAGCCUCUCGGGCGGACGGGCAGGUUUGGGAGGAUCCGGUCGAGUCACAGCACAAACAUGAAGCCCUCCUCGUCAAACAAGAGGUAUGGAAUACCUGUGUAAGACAAGCCGAUUUGCUCUCAUACACAACGACUCUUAUCCUGUCUGUGUUCUGCCGUCCCAGGGACGCGUUCCCCCCAGAGAACGAGAGGGUGUACAGCUGCAGCUACGACUUCAUAGCCAGGAACAGCAGCGAGCUCUCAGUGCAGCACGGGGAGACUCUGGAGGUCAUUGAAUCCUCCAAGCGCUGGUGGAAGUGUCGGAAUCGGUUAAACCAGAUCGGCUUCGUGCCCUUCAACAUCCUGGAACCCUUAGCGCACGUCGACAGCCCCGCCAGCAGCCGGCCUCCCAGCGCUCCAGCCCCGCCCUCCCUCACCAGGACUUUCUCCGCAGUCCCACCCAGCCCCCCCGCUCUGCACCGCGCCCCCUCCCACUCCCCACAGCACCCUCACAGGUUACCGGCCUACGGCCAGCACGCCCCAGCGGGAGAGGACACGGAUAAAGUCAUGAUGGUGAACGACGAGCUGCUGCAGAGGCUGACCAACGGAAAGGCCAAUCUGAACAAACCCCUGGUCAUCCCUCGCUCCUCAGAGACCUCCGUCCCCCUGAAUUAUCACUCCCCUCCGGAGGAGGUGGCCGAGUGGCUCCGAGGGAAAGGCUUCAGCGAGCCGACGGUGACCUGUCUGGGUGUGCUGACCGGCGCACAGCUCUUCUCCCUCAACAAAGAGGAGCUCCGAGCCGUGCUUCCGGAUGAGGGUGCCAGAGUCUACAGCCAGCUCAGCGUGCAGAAGGCGCUGCUGGAGGAUGCCAGGAGGGCCACGGAGCUGGAGGCGGUUAUGGAAAAACAGAAGAUGAAAGUUGACCUGAAGCUGGAGAGCAGCACGCUGUGA